CAGUUGCAGUUCAACCGUUGCACACGAUGGAUCAACUACAAGUUUAUUACAAACAGACUAUAUUCGUGUUAUCAGCAGUAGGUCUGUGGCCAUAUCAGAAUAAAUACUUCCGAUUGGUUUACAAUAUCUUCAUCACCUUCAUUUAUCUUUCGUUCCUUCAUGCUCAGAUAACCGCUAUUACGAACACAAAACAUACCCUGCAUUAUUUGCUGAGGGGUAUAUUUUACAUAUCAGUGGUUAUGGGUUCGCUACUGAAAUACUGUACAUAUUACUUACAAGCCGACACAAUUAAACAGCUGAUGGAAGAAGUGAAACACGAUUGGAGAACAGAAAAUGAUGAAAUGCUUGAAAUUUUGAGAAAUUUCGCCAAUUCGGGAAAACAUUACAUCUUCUAUUUCGCGUUGAUUUUUUUUACACCAGCCUUCAUACUCAUAGGAUGCGAAACGUGCAAUUAUAUUUUGGAUGCAGUCGCACCGUUAAAUUAUACUCGUCCGUACGUUAUACCGGCAGUAUACUUUGUUGACGAAAGAAAGUAUCGUUUUUUGAUCCUAAUAUAUCAGUCUAUUGCAUUCUUGGUAUGUGUAGGUGUGUUUGUUGGGACAGAGUCAUUGAUUAUUAUGUGGCUGCAUCAUUUCAGUGCUUUAUAUGUACUCGUCAGCUAUUACAUUUACCAAGGUGUCAUGGAACAUAUCAGUCACACUUCAAACGAACAUUUAGGUAACAGUAAGAGACUCUUAAUAACAGCUGUAGUUAUCCACAGAAGAGUAAUGAAGUAUAUGGACAUUGUUGAAAAUGUUACGUCAUUAUCGUACGUCUUUCUUCUUCUAUUUGCUACCAUUAGCCAAAGCAUUAACAUAUUUAUUCUGUCGCAAACCAUUUUUAAAUUAGAGGCAAAUAUAGAUACAGUGUUGUGUUUGACAUUUGCAUUUACCGAACUGAUAUAUAUUUUUUGCAUGAUCUACAUAGUGCAACAAUAUUUAAAUAUUUCUGAAAACGUUAGUUUGCAGAUAUACAAUACCAAUUGGUACGAGGCUUCUUUGUCUACGCAAAAAUUCUUGUUGUUCAUUAUGAUGAAAACAUCCGAAGAGCGUCGCUUCAAAUUAUUCAUCUUCGUUAAACCAAACCUCGAAGGUUUCGUGCAGAUAUUAAAAGUGUGCUUCUCCUAUUUCACGGUAAUGGCUUCUAUAGAUCGACGAUAGAAAUUGUAUUGAUAUAACAUUAUAGAAACAUGUAAUAGAAAAUUAAUUACUUAAGUAAUUAACAGUAUUUAACAUAGAAUGCACAGAAACGAAUGAAGCUUCACAGUGUAGUGCUUUCGUAAUUGAGGAUUAUUAAAUUAAUCACG